AUGAAGAUUACCGACAAGUUGGCCCAGGCUCACAGCGCGGCAAAACUGCCAAAGGCAACCUUUUCCUUUGAGUUUUUUGUGCCUAAAACUCCUCAAGGUGUUCAGAAUUUAUACGAUCGUAUGGACCGUAUGUAUGAACUCAAUCCGAUCUUUGUUGAUAUUACUUGGAAUGCUGGGGGUCGUUUAUCGAGUUUGACAAAUGAAAUGGUUUACACUGCUCAAUCCAUCUUGGGUUUAGAAACGUGUAUGCAUUUAACUUGUACCAACAUGCCAGUAGCAUUAAUUGAUGAAGCAUUGGACAGAGCUUAUAAAUCAGGAUGUCAAAAUAUUCUUGCCUUGCGUGGAGACCCUCCAUUGGAUGGAUCUGAAUCGACUGGUGAUUUCAAAUAUGCAAAGGAUUUGAUCACUUAUAUUCGGAAGAAAUACGGCGAUCACUUUGAUAUUGGGGUCGCUGCGUAUCCCGAGGGACAUCCCGAGGAGACUUCCGGGGACAGAAUUCUUGAAUAUUUGAAGGAAAAGUGUGAUGCUGGAGCCAACUUUAUUGUCACCCAAAUGUUUUAUGAUGUUGAUAACUUUAUUGAUUGGUGUUCAAAGAUUAGAAAGAUUGGUAUUGAUAUUCCUAUUGUUCCAGGAAUCAUGCCUAUUUCAACUUAUGCAUCAUUAAUUAGAAGAGCAAAGUGGUCAGAAAUCAAAAUUCCUCAACACUUUUUAGAUGCUCUAGAUCCUAUUAAAGAUGAUGAUUAUAUGGUUAGACAAAAGGGUACUGAAUUGGUAGCAGAAAUGUGUGAGAAAUUGAUUCAAUCCGGAUAUGUCAAUCAUUUACAUUUCUAUACCAUGAAUUUAGAAAGAGCUACGGUCAUGAUUUUAGAGAAAUUGAACCUUGUUGAGAUUGUUCGAGAAUCUCAAGUGGUUACUGAAGCUAUGCCUUGGAGAAAGUCUUUACAUCCCGAAAGAUCUAAGGAAUCGAUUCGUCCUAUUUUCUGGCAAAACAGAAAGUAUUCUUAUAUCAUGAGAACUUCUGCUUGGGAUGAAUUUCCUAAUGGUAGAUGGGGUGAUGCUAGAUCUCCAGCUUUUGGUGAUAUUGAUUUAUGUGCAUCAGAACUUUUAAGACAAUCUCCAAAGAAGGCACUUGAUUUAUGGGGCACUCCCUCAACUUUAAAGGCUUUGGAAGAUCUUUUGGUUUCUUAUUUGGAAGGUGGUUUGACUUCUUUGCCUUGGUCUGAUGGUCCUAUUGGUGAAGAAACCGGAGUAUUGAUUGAAGAUUUGGUAUCAAUUAACCGUAAGGGGUUUUUAACCACAAACUCCCAAUGUGCAGUCAAUGCCGCAAAAUCAACCGAUAAACUUUUCGGUUGGGGUCCCAAAAACGGGUACGUUUAUCAGAAACAAUACUUGGAAUUUCUUUGUCCUAAGUCUCUUGUUGAUAAGUUGUUGAAGGCUUUGGACUUGUUCAAUUCCAGUGAUAGUGAAGGUAACACACAUGUUAUCACAUACUAUAUUGUGGAUAAAAGUGGUACCUUAUGGACCAACACAAAGGAAGGUGACAUCAACGCGGUCACGUGGGGUGUUUUCCCCUGUGAGGAAAUCUUACAGCCCACAAUUGUGGAAAGGACAUCCUUUUUGGCUUGGAAAGACGAGAUCUUCACCUUAAUCUCGGAAUGGGCCACAAUUUACCAUAGGCUUAUGGCUAAACCUUCUGAUGGUGAUAGCGAUCAGAAACAAGAUCAAAAUCAAAAUCAAGAUGACAUUGAAAAUGCCUACAACUUCUUCAACCAAUUAGGAGAUGAGCUUGUGUUGUGUAAUUUGGUUAACAACAAUUUCACUGCAUCAAAUGAUGUUCUAUUUUCUUUGUUAAACAACUUGGAAACUUAA